AUGACUCUAAGUUUACUCGAGGAGAACUUACUUAUGGCUUCUCAUGAUUCACGAGACGACCUCGUGAAGCUAGAUAUCUUAAAGUUUCUUAUCAAUCUAAAAAAGCCCAAAAAGAUUUUGCAGCAGUCAAGAUCUUCUUUUCGAUUAAAAGACCUUCCAGAACUAUAUCGGCAUGUAAGUGAACCACCCAAAAAUUCUAUAAGCCAACGGUCAAGCCCCAAGCCUGCGCUGUCAAAAUGUCAUUCUAAAUUGUCAAAUGAUGGGACUGAGAAUGAGCUAAAUAAUCUUAUUAAGUCUAUAUCGUUUAAAGUCUCCUACAGGAUUGCAUACCUCCUCUACCUCUGACGCCGAUCUGAGUUUUCCAUAUUAUUGCCAAAAGGACUUUUGAGGGAGGCCUCAAAAGAGUCAAUUUAAAAAAAACCAACGCCAACGCCAACAUUCCUGAUUCAAUGGGUCGCUCUAACCUCGCACUACUAUACUCGACUGACUGCGUUCCAGCUAAAGGUCAACCCUCUUCGGGCUGUUUGAACAGAAAAAUACUAUACAUACCACUUCCCUGUGACCAGAAAUCCGCUCAUUCUCGGGCUCACCAAGGAAGACGGGAUAGGAUUCACUGUGGAAACUGGACCUGAUAAUCCAAAUAUUGCUGAAAGAGAAUCAAUUAGUGGAGCUAAUUAGUUUCUGCAGAAUGCCAUAUUUUGAUUAUGAGUCUGAGCUAAUCAGAUUCGGCAGUUUGGACGACGAAGGAUUCAGACUGAAAAACAACAUUUGUAACAGUAAUUUAGAUACCCAAGAAGAAUAUGACGUCAUUCGCAAGAAUUUUCUCUAUUUGUACUCUGCGCAUCGCCCCCAGGAUGGGUCUAGAAUAAAUGAAGGGAAUUAUGAGGUGCAUAUAUUGAAUAUCAAACAGCAUUUUUUAGACUGCUGCAUUAGCUCUCUGUCAGCAUUAGGAAUAGCCUUAUCGAAUGUAAGGGAUAUGAAAUGAGUUGAUUUAUAUGCGUUUACUGAGUGUAUUGAAGAGUUCCAGCGAUUCCUGCUUGAUAAAAACUCCCUCGUAUCGAACGAUUCGAAUAUAAGGGCCAGUUUCACGCUGCAGUGGCUGCUGUGUAUUUUUUAUUUAGUCUUUUUUAGGUUUGUAGAUACUCGAAGGCGAAAUUUGCUGCGAAGAGCUGAAUUGAGACUUGCAAUCAGUAUGGCAUCAAGGAAAAAGAAAGGGAUUAAUAAGAAUUUAGAUAAACUUGUUGAAUACACGUUUAAAACUGUCGAGUCUUUAUGUGGAGAGCCAAGAGAAGAAAUCAGCUUUGAAGAGUUCGAGCGAGCACUGCAGACAACUUAA